ACACUAUGGCGAUGAAUACCUUAUCCAAGCGAAUCAUAACUGGCAGAAUAUUCAGAAGGAACGGGGUAAAAUCCCCGUCAGUGUUAUCAAGUUUGGAAAGUAACCUAGAGACAAAGGAUGCAAAGGUUGCCGGGAAGAGGAAACGCGGGACUGAGAAGAUGAUGCCCAAUAAGCGAGGACGAGAUGGAAAUGUUCCUGAUAUAAAACAAACGUUUGUUUCCUUCGACUUUGGGCCCGAGGAGCUAAACUGUCAUCGUUUCGUGUCAACAAGACUGCAGUGCGUUUUAGAUUCCGGUGAUCUGAACAUUCAACUUGAAUUUGGAAAAGAAUUGUUGUUAAUUCAUCAUUCAGACAUUUCUGUCGGAGAUCUCUGUGUGCGGCAUUUUGGGUCGCAACCAUCAUGUAUAGAAUCUCAAAAAGAUGGCGCUGUUCCGAAGAAUACAGUUGUUGUUUGUUGUGUAGACGAAACUCUAGAAAAGAACGAGCUUUCAAAAGAACUGGUGGCAAACCUGUCGAAAUCGGUAGAGAAGGGUCAUCUAUUCUUUGUAAGGGCUGAAAAUGGUUGGACGUCAACGGGAAGUUUUCUGGAGAAGUACAAAAUAAAAGUGUCCCCAAAUCAAAUCAUCACUCGGAAAGCCCAAAUGUUACGGGUAUACGAGAAGAUGUAUGAAGAUAUAGAGGGAAAAUUUGAAUAUGUAAAGAAAGCAAUAGAUACUCUACCACAAAGCGAAAUACACCCAAUCAGAAGAAAAAUAGCUUGUAUUGAAAAGAAGCUUAAAGAACGGAAGAAGCCAAAAGGUCUCUCAGAAAAAUGCAAGAAGGAACUAGAAAGUGCUCUGGAUUUUGGAGUUAUUGCAUACAGAACAGACAGUGAAAGCCUUACAGUUUACAUCAACCGACCAUGGACAAGAUCGCUCAAUGCGAAGCUACGCGACUUGGAGAAGAACUGCUCGCCCUUGGUUUUGCGGUGUUGUAGAGUCCAAACACCGAUUUACAGACCACACUUAUUGCGAGCCGGCUGCCAGGUAAAAAAUGGGGAUAAGGAUAUAUCAGGAACGAUUGGGAUAUUUGCAAAACAAAUUCUGGAAGAUGCAGAGAAGGACGUGGCGAUAACGUCUGCGCAUGUCAUAUGGGAAGGCUGCAAUGCAAGGGUACAUGUAGAGGGCAGUGAUGAAGAAAUAGGUCACUGUAUAUGGCCACUGAAACCUCCCGGCGAGUACUUAGAAGCCAAACUCCUGGAUAUGGCAGUUAUCAAAAUGAAGUCGGACAUCACUGAACAUAUAUCAACAUCAGAAAAUGUUUCUGUUUAUACUGAUCAAAAGGACAAAUUAGAAUGCCGGAAGGUGUAUAAAUGUGGAUGGAAAACGGGAGAAACUCAUGGCGAUAUACAUUUUCCGCAGUUCAACAUGUUUGGGAAAAAAGUAAUGGUGAUUACAACUGCAGAUGGACGAAACUUUUCUGAACCUGGUGACAGUGGUGCCCUUGUACUCACUAAAAACGGGACACAGCUCCAUGCACUAGGAUUAAUAUUUGGGGGCGGUUUACGACUUCAAGAGAACGAUGAAGAUUUUCCUGAUAAUGCGUCCCUGGCAAUAUAUCUUGAUGUCGCUAUCUCCAGGUUUGAAGAGGAGAACGAGAGAGGAAAGAUUAAAAUUCAGCGAUAUUGAUCUUUUUAGUACUUCUAAUGAGACGCAAAUUUUAUCACCGUAAUUGCACGACAUAGUCAAUCGUUAUUUCCAGUAGUUUCAUCGAUGUAUCAUAAAUGGGCCUUAGUUGUCAUUUUGCACCAACAAUUGAAUUCAACGUAAAUUGCGGAAUAUUUUCAUUAAUGACCUCAGCAUUGAAUUAUUCGAGUAAUAAAUAUCCGCGUAAAAACGCGAAAACAUUACCUCUCAGAUUCUAAAAGCUCGCUUCCAUUUGCUUCUACAUCGAUAUGUCCAAUGUAAUUAUCAUUCGCGGAACUUGAUCGAUUGAGCAUCACAAGUAGGUCAACCGUAGUUAUGCGACUUAAAAUUAUAUGUGUAUCUUUAUGAAAAUGAUUAUCUAUUAUAUGUUUUAUUGUGAUUCAUAACCGUAAUACAAAAAACAAAACAAACAACAUCGAUCGACAUUUCAAGAGAGAUUACUCUCCCGAUUUGAAAGAUAAAACAGCUUGAUUUCAACAUCACAUGCCAUCAUAAUUAAGAACAAUCAUGUAAUCUAUGUAUUUAUUAUAACAACUGUCUCUCUAUCAUUUACUACAUUCUAGAGAAUUGGGGUGCCAAUCAAUUAAUAAUUCACAUAAAUUAGCACUUGAUACUGGCCAUUGUCCAAGCCUUCUUGAUCAUGUUCGGAUUAUUUGCUAUUUCCUGGGUGGCUUUUGUAAUCUAUUUGGCAUGCAUGGGUUUUACAGCAUAAUUAUGAACGUUCUGAGGUAUAUCUUAACACUCCCCACUGACACACUUUUUUUUAAAAAUUUGUUCGGACACCAUGUUUGAGUAAUAAUGUUCGAACUGUGAUUGCAUGCUUCGCUUAAAUGUACCUUUAAUCGAUGACACAAAGUAUAAGUCUCAGAAGUUUUUGACUCGCGAUAUUUCGUUCUCGCGAUUUGACGCACAGUGGCUAGAUCGCGGAAUGAAGUACUCGCGUAAAAUAAGGAUCCUACAGUAUUUCCAGAAUACGUAUCGAUUAUUUAAAUUUGACACAUUCUUACCUACUUAACAGAGAACUUAACCUUGAAACUCAGUUUUAAGUGAUUAUUUGUAUAUAAUUAUAUGUAUGAAGAGGAAGUCCCUGGGAAUGAAUAGUGCCUGGACUAAUCAGGUCAUCUUCUUGACAUAAAGUAUCAUUAUGAAUAUCAACGAGAGAGAGAGAGAGAGAGAGAGAGAGAGAGAGAGAGAGAGAGAGAGACGUGGACAUAAUUUAAGUAAAUAACAAGUUCCAUUGCUUUUCUAUUUGACCAUUUCCUUAUGAAUAUUUAUAUAGUGUGUUUUAAAUGUAAUGCACACUAAAUUUUCUAAUCAUUGAUUUUACAUAAUCA